AUGGCAAGUGGUUGUGCAGCGACAAAUCGACAAUGGGGAGUGCUGCUGGCGCUUGUGGGCGUCUUGUCUUGUUCCCCAGAUUCGCUGCUCAUCCGCUUAGCUCAUGAAGAGCACAAGGGUGAGGGAUGCGUGCUCUUCUACAGGUAUUGCUUCAAGGCGGCGGCCACCCUGGUGGGACUCACGCUCAUCAGCGGGGGUCCCCGUAGCUUGCUUAAGUCAUGCUUGGCAACCGGGUGGCACUUCGUCGCGGUGACCCUACUCGAUGGCUUGCAGGAGUCAUGCUUCACCCUGUCAAUCCAGAGAACCUAUGUGGCGAACACCCUGGUGCUCUUCAACGCUGCUCCGCUGUGGUGCGCAAUCUUGGGCUGCAUUGCUUUCAGGGAGAAGCCGCCCUUCUACACCUUGGCUGCCAUCCUCCUGGGCUUCUCCUGCGUCGUGGUGGUUUUCUUGGGAAGCAGGACUCAAGGUCCGUCUGGAACAGAGUCAAUCGAAGGGGACUGCUUGGCAAUUGCUGGUGGAUUUUUGCUGGCAUUGUACCUGACGAUCUCCCGCCAUGCAGGAAUGAAGUACCCAGAUGCCAACCUACUUCCCACAAUCAUCACGGGCCCUGUCAUCCCAGCGUGCAUAGCACUUGCGUGGUCGGGCGGUCGUGUUGAUGAUGAGUGCCGGCCACAAUCAGGCCUGAUCGGUUGGGUGUACUCGGCUAUAAAUGGUGCUGUGCUGAUGCCACUGGCCUUCGCUUGUAUUCUGACAGCACCGAAGUACAUAUUGUCAGCGGAAGUGGCUCUCAUUAUGCUACUGGAGGUGCUGCUGGGGCCCCUGCUGGUCUGGAUUGUGCUUGGUGAGACACCCUCAUCAGUGACAGUGGUCGGGGGUGUCGCCCUCCUGCUAGUUCUGGCGCUUCACGAGAUCUACUCUGCCCGAGCAAUCUCCGCAAGCUCCGCAAGCUCCGCAAGCUCCGCAAGCUCCGCAAGCUCCGCAAGCUCCGCAAGCUCCGAGCCGGGGGCCGAGAAGCAGCCCGAAGCUCCGGAGUCGGAGUCCCGGGAUGUCUCGGAGGCCUACGACUCAGGCAUGGAUGCGCAGUCUGAGAUGCAGCCAAGUAUGGAUGGACAUUGGGAGCUGACAUGGUCCGCGCUGGAAGUCUGGGUCCUGGGCUCGAGGUUUGGGAGCGCGAAGGCUCGCCCCAUCCUUCUCUUCGGCGAGAUGCUUGAGAUCGGCCUGGAGGGGGAGGUGCGGACCCUCGCACUGGGUGCCCCAAGCAGGCGGCUGCCUCCCUUCGGUUUGCUGGCCACCCUCAAGGACCUGGCAGUUCUGUCCCCGUACUCUGGGAGAGCCUGCGGCGGCAUGGGCGUGGAUGUGGUGCGAAUCUUGCAACCCGUGAAGAUGUCGCCGGCCUGCCUGGUCCCCAACUUCCCAUGGCUUGGCAUGGCGCACAUGGGCGAAAGGUUCGCGUGCGUCCUGCAAGCCAGCCCUGCGGGGAGGGAGCUCCUUGUGGAGCUCCAUCUUCCAGAUGCUCGGAUCCUGGUCUGGGAGCCCCUGGCCUUGCCACUGGGGCACUUCCUCGAGGAGCGCGCCGACUUCUCGGCGGAGCUCGAGGCGGAAGGUUGCAUCUCCGCCUGGCAAGCGCCUGUGGAAAGCGAACGCCGCGAGGUGAGAUGGGGCUCGGAGCGCAGACGUCCGCUCCGGGUCACCUUGGCCGUGCAGCGGAAGCCCCGCGCCUUCAUCUUCCCUCAUCAGGUGGAGGUGCAGGUGCUGGAGCGCCUACAGCAAGGGGCGGUGAAGCUGCGCCAGCACCUGGGGCUGCUGCUGCCCUGUGAGGAUGUGGACGUGAAGGUGACUUUGAGGGUGGGCGCCCUACGGGUCUUCCAGGUGAGCCGCCUGAUCGGCGACACCCUGGGCAUCGAGGAGGCCCGCAUCGACCCCCACCAGCUGAAGCUCCACCUGGGGAACGUGGCCAGGUGCAGCUCCCCGGGCUUCGUCAAGAACUUCUCCGUGAUGGUCGACCCUGGGCGCAGCACACUUUUCCCAAGGCCCUGGCGGGCCGGGGACUCAUUCGGGCCCUGCUUCCGUGACCAGGAGGAUCUGGAGCUUGGGCAGGAGGACCUCGAGCCCGAUGGGAAGGAGGAGACGGAGGCGCACCCAUGGCAGGCUUGCCUGACGAGCUGCUGCUCCUUGCAGGGCCAGGCACCGAAUCCCCUGACCGGGCUCCGACCGCUGCGGUCGAUGACGUCUGAGAGCGUCAGCCUCUCCGACGUCCGGCUGCCAAAGCCCAGCUUCUGCGAAGUCUCUUUCUGGGCCGUCCAGGAGCGAGAGUUCAAUGCCAGGUUCCUGUUGAGAGUUGGGGAUGACUGGUACCACAAAGUCACAGCAAGACCGAGCCACGCACACCCACGAGCCUGA